CCCCCUCCCUCCCUCUUUCAUCACUCACUCUUUCGCUCGCUCGUGCUUUCCGCACGUUUCUCACUUUGUGAGAUUCCAGUUUCUCUCUCUUUAAAAUCAUCUCCGAAUUUCCAGACCUCAAGCUAGGGACUUCAAGCUUCGUAAUGCGAUUUGGUGAAGUUUCGGAUCGAGGAGCUUCGUUUCCUCCCCGACUUUGUGUCAGCUUCGCUGAAAUUUUUUGCCUUUGUUUCUUGCUGAAGACUCGCUCAGACAACUGAUUGACGUUCCUGCUUCAGUCACAUGCAUGAACAAAUUUAUGCAAUUUGUUUAAAAUUUGAGCUCAACCUGCAUUUACCUUGAUCGAGUAGAUUUUGCAUCUGGUUCAAGUGGAGAAGAAGAAGAGUGAUGAUAGAGUAAAUGGCGCUUAAGGUUCCAGCUCCUGAAGCUGUUGAAAUAGCAAUCGGGUCGAUCGGGCGUGGAUAUGAUAUAUCAGAAGAUAUAAGGCUCAAGUAUUGCAAAGGAGAUUCGAGGCAUUCACCGUUGAUUGAGAUCGACGGAGAUGGGGGCCGUGAGAUUGUUUUGCCUGGUGGAAUUUUGAUCCCAAACGUUUCCAAAUCGAUAAAAUGUGAUAAAGGGGAACGCACACGGUUCCGGUCCGACGUCCUCUCUUUCCAACAGAUGUCAGAACAGUUCAACCAGGAAGUAAAUUUGACUGGAAAAAUUCCUUCGGGCUUCUUCAAUGCCAUGUUUGAAUUCUCGGGUUGUUGGCAGAAAGAUGCAGCCAACACUAAGACCCUCGCUUUUGAUGGGGUGUUCAUCACGCUCUACACAGUUGCAUUGGAGAAAUCUCAGCUGGUACUCUGUGAUCAUGUUAAGAAAGCUGUCCCACCAUCGUGGGAACCUGCUGCCCUGGCAAGGUUUAUUUACACAUUUGGUACCCAUAUUAUUGUUGGUGUAAAGAUGGGAGGGAAGGAUGUAAUAUACAUGAAGCAGCAGCAUUCAUCAACUCUUCAACCUGCUGAUGUACAAAAAAGAUUGAAGGAGAUGGCAGAUAAAAGGUUUUUAAAUGCCAAUGGACAAAAUGGCAUGGCUUCUGAACGAGUUUACCAGAGUGAAAAGGUUGAAAUCAGAGAGCAGCGGCUGAGGUUUGCAGAUAUCAGUCCAUCAAGUACUUAUUCACACAAGGAGGAUAUUCUAAGCAUUUGCAAGAGGAGAGGUGGAAGUGAUAGUAGACACCUAUCUCAUGAUGAGUGGUUACAAACUGUCCAGUCCGAGCCUGAUGCGAUCUCGAUGUCAUUUAUCCCAGUCACCUCUUUGUUGAAUGGAGUCCCAGGGAGUGGAUUCUUGAGCCAUGCCAUAAAUCUUUAUUUACGAUAUAAACCUCCAAUUGAAGAGCUCCACCAAUUUUUGGAAUUUCAACUGCCAAGGCAAUGGGCACCUGUGUUCAGUGACCUUCCACUUGGUCCACAAAGAAAACAGAAGAGCAGCCCAUCUUUGCAAUUUAGCUUAAUGGGACCCAAGCUUUAUGUGAACACCACACCAGUUGAUGUUGGUAAGAAGCCAGUGACUGGUCUUCGGCUUUAUCUAGAAGGUAAAAGUAGUAACCUCCUGGCUAUCCACUUACAGCACCUCUCAUCUCUUCCCAAAAUCAUCCAACUCGUGGAUGAUCCAAGUGGUGAUUUCUGCCAAGAGUCCUUUAAUCGUAGGUACUAUGAGAAAGUUCAAUGGAAGAGCUUCUCUCAUGUCUGCACUGCUCCGAUGGAGUCUGAUGAGGAUCUGUCAAUAGUAACUGGAGCCCAAUUACAGGUUGAAAACCAUGGCUUUAAAAACAUUCUUUUCUUGAGACUCCGCUUCUCGACAGUCUUGGGAGCUAUGAUUGUGAAACAUCCCGAGUGGGAUGGAUCUCCAGGGUUAGCUCCAAAGUCGGGACUUAUAUCAACACUGAUCAGCCAUCAUUUCACAACGGUUCAGAAGGCACCUCCACGACCAGCCGAUGUGAACAUAAACUCAGCUGUUUACCCUGGAGGCCCUCCAGUGCCUGUCCAAGCGCCUAAACUUCUGAAAUUUGUUGAUACAACAGAAAUGGUGAGGGGGCCGCAGGAAAGUCCAGGUUAUUGGGUUGUGUCGGGGGCUAGGCUUGUGGUUGAGAAGGGCAGGAUUUCUCUCCGGGUUAAGUAUUCUCUAGUGACUGUAAUAUUACCUGACGAAGAAGAAAAAUGAGACGAAGGUGGGGAGUUACGUUGAAGUAUAGGUAGCAACUCCAUCUAUGUGGAUGGGGUUGUUAAAAUGGAGGGACAAACACUAAAGUAAAAGUCAACCAACUAUCUGAAUGAGAUGCCUUUUUUGUUAUUAUUGUGAGGG